AUGGCUAGCAAUAUUGAGACUGUAGUUGGGUCCGUGUUGGUGGGCGCAGGCUUCGCGCUUACUUUUCACUCCAUCUUACGAAUCUAUGUCUUACAAACCGCCGGCUCACGAAUGUUUUUGUUUUCGGUAACGAAUGGCGCACAAUUUUUAAAUGAAAUAGCCGUACUGCUAAUGCUCCUAUCAAGCACCGAUCAAUUGGACAACUGGGCAAAUUUUCUCAACAAUUUUUCUUAUUUCAUUUCGAAACCCAUCAUUCUCUACUUAGCCUUCCUAAGAUGUCGAUCAGCAUUUCCUCCUUAUAGAAAUUAUCCUGGGAUUCAUUAUCUCUUAAUUGCAUUUCGUGCGAUAGAAUUACUAGUAAUAUGGAUCGCCAGUAUCUACGUUAACGUUCGAUGCAAUGGAAGAUACGUCGACGUAUGUGAGUCAUUUUCCGUGAUCUUAACGAUGCAAAAUGCUUUGGCUCCUGCAUUCCGUUUUUACUAUAUCAUUUCCGAAGGCAUUUUUUACGUCAAAUUAUUUAGGACGCUUAAUACCGUCCGUUCAUCAGAAUCUCUUGAUAGCAUAAGGCAACGUCGUUAUCAAACAUAUAUAUUCACCUUGGAUAUGAUUGUCCUAAUAUCAAUGAGCGUUUAUCGAUUGCUCAUACUUGUUUAUAAAAAUUGGCCAACCUUUAUUUACAUGGAAUUGUUUAGUUGCGCUCUCACGAUAUUUGUGAUAACUGAAUUCGGAUUGACACUACCGAAAAUGUUUAAAGCCUCGAAAGAGGACACUAGCACGAGCAACAACGGUAUCAAUAUCGUGCAAACCACUCACACCUUCGUGGAGUCAUCUCGAAUAAAUCAAACGACUCCAUACGAUGGUAAUGACAAUUCUAUGAGAAAGAUAGGUCAAUAUCAACAAAGCUCUUUCGAUUCUAUGGACUUAGAAUCAUUAACAAUCCACCGAGACGAGGCUUCUGAAAAAUCUGGCAGCGAAGCGCCACUACAUUGA